AUGUACAGCUCCGAAAUCAAUGAUGGACAAGCUCCGGCAGGAGCAGAAACAACUCCACCAAGAAAAAGACAGCGUCGAGUAGUGUUGGAAGAUACCGAUGUCCAACCGUCGCGCAAAGGAACAGCAUGCUCCAUCUGUCGUCGACUCAAAGUGAAAUGUGACUCUGCCGAUCGCGGCAUGGGAACCUGCUCUCGGUGUUUGCGUCUUCAGCUACAAUGUGUUAGUGAAAAGAAGGUGUGGAUUAGCGCUGAAAGCGAGGAGAAAAAUCACCAGCCAUCCGAAGUGGUCCUAUUCAAGCUUGAGCGUGCCCUUGAAGAUGUACUUGAGAAGCUCAACAUGCCGGCCCUGGACUUAUAUGCCCAGCCUGUCAUUUCGGAGACGCUUCAAUCACCUCAACCAACGAGGCAAAACUCGCAGGAGCCGGUAUCUAGCACUGGAAGGAGAGACGAGCGCGAUCUCUCGCCUGGAACAAUGGGCAGUCUGAUCGAGGCGACAAGAAUGAACGGGCUGUGUAGCCAGCUACGCAGUGUUAAGCAGAGGCGAAAGGGUGGAAUGAGACGCAUGGACGCCGAUCUGAUUGCAGAGAAGUUACUGUCGCAUAAAGAGGCAGAGGAGAUGCUGGAACUUUUCAAGACUCUUCUCGCUCCUCAUCUCUUCUCUGCCACAAUCUCACCAGAUGCAACUCUUGAAACUGUGCGAACGUCCUCUACCAUUCUGUUUACAGCUAUCAUGCUUGUCAGCACCCUGCAUAUUCCCGGCCGCGAAUCCACACACGAGAUCUGUCACAGCCGGUUCCUCGGUCUUAUAUCAUCUGCUAUUUUUGACCGUUUUCACACCCUCGACGAUAUUCGUGGGUUAUGCAUCGCUGCAUUUUGGGAACCAGACCUGAGUUGGAAACUGAGUGGUAUAUCUAUCCGAAUGGCGACCGAGUUGAAUCUUCAUCAUGCAUUCUACGAGGUUUUCUACACACCGGAUAUAAGCGAAGAUGCACGACGGGAUAGCCUUGAGAAGGCCAGAUUGUGGUAUCUUUUAUUUGUUCUCGACCACCAAUCGAGCAUAGCUUAUGGUCGACCACCCGUCAUGGCUGAGUUACGGCCGAUUAAGGACUUUGAAGUUCUGCUAAAUUCACCAUUGUGCACUCCACCCGACCGAGUGUUGAUUGCACAAGUGACGUGCCUGGCCAAUAUGAGCAAGGCAUUCCAAGCCUUCGGUCUGGAGCCGAAACGAAUAAUGGGCGGCGAUGAUGCUUCAGUAUUGAACCAUUCCCGCUUUACAGAGGAUGCAAGAGCUUGGCAGGAUCGCUGGAGACACCUACGAGAAAUGGACAUGUUGGGCGGAGGUGUGGACCUUCAUUACUAUUUCAGUGAACUGGUGCUUCAUUCGUUGGUCCUCCGAGGACGGCCGCUGGAUAACCUGUGUGACCUGCCUACUAGCCUGCGGCCUCUAACGCUGAGGGCAAUCGAAGCCGCGCACUCGCUGCUUCAACACUUCAUUGAGGAUCCUGGAUACCGCGAAGGUAUUGUGGGAAUGCCUCUGUACCUUCACUCAAUGAUUGCUUUCGCGGUUGUGUUUUUGAUGAAGAUGUCGCAUCGGUGGUAUUUUAUCGGGAUUACAAUCGACCCUGCCCAAAGAACACGACCGCUCAUUGAAGGAAUUAUCAAGCUGCUCCGGGGAUGCAAGGCCGGUGCUAACCAUAUGGUCUUCAGCAUGGCCAAUGGAUUCGAGAGAAUGUUAAAGCAGGCAUCUUCGACUGCACGUAAAGCACAUGUGACGGAAAGCUCGAACGCAUACCAACAGGGGCCUACAUGGAUAGAUUUACAGGGGGCCUCGAUGAAUGGCCAAUCAUCUGGACCUACGAACUAUUCUCUUGAGCAGUCACUUAAUCCAAAAGCCCAUGCGGAACCAAACUAUGUGGAUUCUGUGCAGCUGACGCCUGACGUUUCACCUUACAAUAACUGGGGCUUCCAGGACGAGGAAAUGUGGAAUCUAGGCAUGGGUUAUGAUUUGCUUGCACCCGGAGGGGAAGGAUUGGCCAACGCCGAUUUUCCAUUUCACACAUAA